AUGACAACUAAUCCACGGAAAGGCGUCGAUGCUGUUCCAUAUGAAGAAAGUGAUCAACUAACUAUUCGACCCUUAGGUGCUGGGCAAGAAGUGGGGCGAUCAUGUAUAAUGCUUGAAUUUAAAGGGAAGAAAAUAAUGCUGGACUGCGGCAUUCACCCAGGCUUAUCAGGAAUGGAUGCAUUGCCAUUUGUAGAUCUUAUUGAAGCCGAUGAAGUGGAUUUACUGCUUAUAUCUCACUUUCAUCUGGACCAUAGUGGAGCACUACCUUGGUUUCUGACAAAAACAUCAUUUAAAGGAAGAGUUUUUAUGACACAUGCAACUAAAGCCAUUUACAGGUGGCUUGUAUCAGAUUACAUUAAAGUUAGUAACAUAUCAACAGAGCAGAUGUUGUAUACAGAGUCGGAUUUAGAAGGAUCCAUGGAUCGUAUAGAAACAAUAAACUUUCACGAGGAAAAAGAUGUGCGAGGAGUGCGGUUCUGGGCAUACAAUGCUGGGCAUGUGCUUGGAGCUGCAAUGUUUAUGAUUGAGAUUGCUGGUGUUAAGGUUUUAUAUACAGGAGAUUUUUCAAGACAAGAAGACAGACAUUUAAUGGCAGCCGAAAUACCCACCGUACAUCCUGAUGUAUUGAUAACGGAAUCGACAUACGGCACACACAUACACGAAAAACGCGAGGAGCGAGAGAGUCGUUUCACAAGUCUUGUGAGUGAUAUUGUGAUGCGUGGUGGUCGCUGCCUCAUACCAGUCUUUGCUUUGGGACGCGCACAGGAGUUAUUACUUAUAUUGGAUGAAUACUGGUCUCUUCAUCCCGAGCUGCAAGACAUCCCUAUAUACUACGCUUCGUCACUAGCGAAGAAAUGUAUGGCCGUGUACCAGACUUACAUCAACGCUAUGAACGACCGCAUUCGAAGACAGAUCGCGGUUAACAAUCCGUUUAUCUUCAGACAUAUCUCUAAUUUGAAGGUCAGUUAUGUUAAUAUUUAA